UAAGCUUUGCAUCCUUCCCCUUCCUUCGACCAGUUCAUUUGACACUGUCACUCCGACAACGUUACUCGUGGCGUGGCGUGGCUUGGAAGUUGAAUACAUCGUCAAUAUCUUUGACGCCUCAACUUUCCGUGAAUUUGUCUUUGUGGGAAUAAGUGGAGAAUAAUUGACGUCAAUUAAACAAUUCUCAAGUCAUUAAGGACUUUGUGAUAUGCAUAAAUCAAUUCCAGUCCCGACUCAGGCUCGAGGAAGGAGGGGUUCCCUCUUUAAAGAACGAUUGCUACUUGUUUCACCAGAAAUUGCAUUUAUCGGGGAUUCAAUCCUGGCCAAGUUUGCUGAAGACGGUCAAGCAGUAUGGGAAAAGAAUUAUAGUCAUUUGAAUUCUGGAAAUAUGGGGACGGUUGGGGACUCGACGCAGAUGUUGAUUGAAAAGUUAGAACGGGACAUGCUACCUUUGGAAGAUACGCAAAUCGUAGUUCUCAUGAUUGGAGCUACAGAUUUGCGACAUAAACUCAAAGUUUCCGUCGUUUUUGACCAAAUCAGGAAAAUUAUUCAGAUGUUGCAGGCUGGAUGUCGCUCCGGAGUCAAAAUCAUGAUUCUUGGAGUUUUGCCGAGAGGAGAUUCGAACGUGGAUUGUAACGAUGCCAUUGCUGAAACUAAUGAAAUGCUGACCAAUUUGGAGAAUGGUUUCACGAUGCGAUUUGUCACUCUGCAAUCUCAGUUUUACGAUAAGGAGAAAAAUAAAAUUAGGGAAGAACUUUUUCAUACGGAUCGUAUAAAUUUGAAUGAAAAAGGGUAUGAAGUCCUGGCAAAUGCAAUUCAUCCAGUUUUGCAGGAAUUUUUGCAAUCCAAGUAGGAAUUAUGACAAAUAUAAGAGUUUUUGUAACUUUUUGCCAAAACAUAUCCCCGUAAACGCAAUCCGUUAUCUUAUAGAUUUUAGAUUUUUUUAUGCCGAUAGUUCAUUUAAACAAAGGCAUAUUUAGAUGUAUAGAUAAUUAUCCAUAUUUUUGAGACUUUUCUUGAGAAAUUAGUACUAGAUUUUGAAAACCAUAAACAUUUUUUUCGUUUACUUGUAUCAUUGACGAUUGAAUAUUUUGAGAAAAAAUAAAACAAUUGAUACACCCGAUG